UUACCAUUUUCGUCUAGUGUUUAUUUUAUUUACCAUUGGUAGACUUAAGCGGCCCUUUUUUCAACACAACGUGAUAGGAGAUUCAAUGUGUGCUUUAUUCAGUAUUUACUGACAAAGCAUAUCCAUCAACAUGCCUAGAUAUGCUCAGCUGGUUAUUGGACCUGCAGGAAGUGGGAAGUCUACAUAUUGCAGCAACAUGGUCAAGCAUGGAGAAACCAUCAGAAGGAACUUCCAUGUUGUAAAUCUGGACCCAGCAGCAGAACACUUCGACUACCCAGUUCUUGUUGAUGUGCGAGAGUUGAUACAGGUUGAUGAUGCCAUGGAGGAUGAAUCGCUGAGGUUUGGUCCAAAUGGAGGCCUGGUCUUCUGCAUGGAAUAUCUUGCUCAGAAUUUUGACUGGCUACAUGAGCAGCUGGAGGAUAUUGAGGAUGACUACAUCUUGUUUGACUGUCCAGGUCAGAUAGAGCUAUACACUCACAUUCCGGUGAUGAAGCAGCUGGUUGAGGAGCUGCUGAAAUGGAACUUCCAUGUGUGCACUGUUUACCUCAUAGACUCUCAGUUUCUCAUUGAGGCAUCCAAAUUUGUGUCUGGCGUUCUGACUGCUCUCUCUACCAUGAUGAACUUAGAGACGCCCCAUGUUAACGUGAUGACUAAGCUUGACCUGCUCACUAAGAAGGAUAAGAAGAAUCUUGAGAGGUACCUUGAGCCAUCAAUGCAAGGCCUACUGUAUGAGGAAUUUGAAGAUGACAAGUUCAGCAAAAAGUUCAAGAAACUCAACUCUGCCAUUGCUUCUAUGAUUGACGACUACAGCCUUGUGCGUUUCCUACCACUGGACCAGUCUGAGGAGGAGAGUAUUAACGAUGUGCUACUGCAAGUAGACACAUGCCUGCAGUACGGGGAGGACCUGGAACCACGGGAGAUGAGGGACUAUGAGGAGGACCCAGAUGAUGACUAUGUUGACAGCGGCUUUGAUGGAUGACAAUUGCCACUAGGAUCACCAGGAGAUACGCUUGUUUGUGGGCUGACCCCAUUUACAGCUCAUGGUUAAUGUCUCAUACCAAGAGCUUUGUCUUCAUUCUGACAGUGGACAUUUCAUCGCUAAAAAAUCUUUGAAAGAUAUGACAAUGAGAUGAAAAAUACUUGGGCACUAUAACAUUGUGGAGGUCAUAUCAAAUUCAUUGAUUGGGAUCAUUGUGAAUAAUGUGUAUAUGCCAAUCAGUCCAGGCAAAGAAAUAGUCAUGUUUGUUUUUUAAAUGUGAUAUUACUAACUUUGGAAGAACAAUUUGUACACAUACAUGACUAUUCCAACACAUGUUCAACCUUAAACUUCUAUACUUGUUUUGUUUAUUUUGAUGAUUAAAAACUACCAAAGUU